AAAACUUCAGUUGGUUUAUAAAAUGCCGUAUCUACUUGCUUCCUGUCAUCCAUUACGGAUAGGCAGGGUCGCAUUGUGUAUGUAUGUGACUGGCGUGAUCCUUCUAUGCACUGGGAUCGCAAUAUCUGCUGUCACCUACAAGUCCUGUGGGACAGUUCAGCAGAAAGAUUGCAGCCCAAUAUUUAAAAUCUUGGGGCCAACAAUUGCUGCGUUCGGUCUGGGCUCUCUCGUUCUGGCGAGAUCAAGAGGCGGUGUACAAGAUCAUCACUCCCGGCCGCAAGGGGAUGUAGCUGAGGAUGAGGAGUCUCUGCCAACAAAUAGUAAUGGGCCUUAUAUCAUUACUGUUGGUGAUGAAAUCUUCACUUUCCCAGAUGCACCACCCUCAUACUUUGAAAUUCCCAUGGAAGCUGCUCAUGGUGGCAGUACUAUGGGAGAUGAAGAGGACUUGCCACCAUCAUAUGAGAGCCUCUUUAGUAGAAGAUACAUAGGAAGAUUAUUCAGAUUCCAGCAAACUUCACCACCUGAAAGGAAUUCUGACCAGCCUCCACCGUACGAGGAAAUAUAUCCAUAAUCAUAUAGAGAGAGCUACAGAAGCCCUUAGUGCUCAGGACAAACAAUGGAGAUAAAAUCUAUAUGCUCAUGGGGCAAUUUUAAUUGUUGCAAUAAACUAUGAGCAGGAGCACUUA